AUGAGUGAUCAAGAGUUCGAUGAGUUUGGAAAUCGAAUUUUUGGCGAGACCAUUGACGGCAUAAUCGGAGUGAGCGAGACCAUUGAGGAUGAGGAAGAAAAAGAAGAACCACAACAACUGCAAUCCACUGCAAUUGUUACUACAGAGCGGUAUGUCAGUCGUGGCGAAGAUGUCGAGGUUCUCUACGAACAAGAAGAUCAGCAGUCGUUACAAACGCCUUUAAUAGAUACUGGAGGCAAGAGGGAAGCACGGCACGCGGUUUACAAUCUGGGCAAAAUUCCCAAAACGACAUAUGAUAGACAAUACUUGUUCGAGUUACUCAAUGUGCCAGAGCGAUGCUUGAAUAUUGCUGUGGUAGGCACUCUCCACUCAGGCAAAACCUCAAUUAUGGAUAUUUUGAUUUUAGAAUCUCACAAACAUUUACCGAGCAUAUCAAGCAGCGUAAAACAAGGCUGGAAGCCUCUUAAAUAUCUGGAUAACACGAAGUUGGAAAUUGCAAGGGGAUUGACGACGAAAUUGAACGGUUUCACAACGUUAGGUCUGGAUUUGCAACAGAAAUCAUGGGCUUUGACAUUUCUCGACACGCCUGGCCAUUCCGCCUUUCUGGAUGAGGUUGCUGUAAGUUUUGCAGCAGCUGAUCUCUGCUUGGUUGUGGUAGACUGCGUAGAGGGUGUCACGGGCGGUGUACGAAAACUCAUCAAGGAAGCACAGCAGAAAGGCUUGCCCAUGGUAUUUGUGCUUAAUAAAAUUGACAGACUUAUAAUGGAACUGAAAUUACCACCAAAUGACGCGUUUGCCAAGCUGAGACAUGUUGUUGACCAAAUAAACUCUGUUACAACAAUGGUGUAUUCACCUGAGCUGAAUAACAUCGUUUUCGCAUCCUCAAAGUUUAGUUUCAGCUUUACGUUGAAGCAAUUCGUCUCGGAGCUUUAUGCGGGCCAACUGGAAGAAAGCCAGAUUGAGGGCUUCAUCAGUCAGUUGUGGGGGGAUGUUUAUUUUAAUUUGGGUAUCUUUUCAGCAACUCCCAACAGCGGGAAGCACACGACAUUUGUCGAAUUUGUUUUGAAUCCAAUAUACAAACUCUUUACCCACGCUCUAUCCAGUGAGCCUGGAGUCCUGGCAACUACAUUAAAAAAACACUUCAAGGUCGAUUUGGACGGACCCGAUCUUGGUUUAGAUCCUCUCCCUCUUUUGAAGAAAGUCCUCUGUUUGGUGUUUCGAAAUCAGGUUGGCCUUAUUGACGUAUUGGCUAAAAGCAGAAAUGUUAGCUCAACAGCGAUGUCCAUAUCAGCAAGCAAACUCUCAUCGAAUGACAUUCCUUCUCCUGUCCAUGUUCUAGCACAUGCUGUCCGCUGUGUUGACUACUGUGGCGAAAUUUGGGCUUUAGUGCGUGUUCAUAAGGGAGUUUUAAAGAGAGGUGAUAGACUGAAAGUCUUAGAUGAGGGAAGUCCAAGAGAUUUUGAUACUCCAGAAUUUGAAAUCAAAGACAUAGCACUGUUGGGUGGUAGGUACGUUGUGCCAGUAACGCAAGCUGGUGGAGGGCAGGUUGUUCUUGUGAGAGGACCGGAAGAGUUCUUCACAAAAAGUGCCACCCUUACAAACUUACCCACAUUCAGCUUCGGAGCCCUCGAUUAUUUGAACCAACCUGUCUUAAAGGUGAUUUUACAGCCUCUAGUAGCCAAAGAAAUGCCACAAAUGUCACAUAGUCUGAGCCUCAUAAAUAAGCUGUACCCCGGCUGCGUCGUCAACGUUGAGGAAAGUGGCGAGAAUGUUGUCUUUGGACCGGCUGAACUCUUCUUAGACUCUCUGCUGUUUGAACUCAGGGAAAUCUACGCUGGAAUUGAAGUCAAAGUAUCAAACCCUCUAUCCAAGUUUUCAGAAGGAUGCACAGAUGAGUCCUUCGCAUCUAUUCCAGUACAUUCGAAAAAUGCAAACCUCUCUAUAAGUGUGAGUGCUCAAGCGAUGGACGCUAAGUUGCUAGAUGACUUGUCCAACGGACACUUUCGAAAAAGUGAUUUUGAGGAUCAUCGUCAUUUAGCUAAGAAACUUCGGACCGAGUACGGAUGGGAUUCUUUAGCUGCCCGGAAUGUAUGGGAAUUUCAGAACUGCAACGUGUUUGUUGAUGACACGCUCCCAGAACAAGUCGACAAAGUACGAGUUGCGCAAUUAAAGGAGCAGAUAUUGGAGGGUUUUUACUGGGCUGUUCGAGAGGGCCCUCUAGCUGAAGAGCCUAUUUUUGGCGUGCAUUUCAGGUUAAUCGAUAUCGCUUGUGAGGGAGACGUUAUUCCGGGUCAAGUUAUCCCACUUGUGCGAAGAGCAUGCUACGUUGCUCUUCUCACCGCUCAGCCAGCCAUUCUUGAGCCCAUAUAUGAGGUGAACAUUAUUGUUCACAGCCUAGCAAGCGGUGUACUGGACGAGCUUUUCCGAAAGAGACGUGGCGCCAAGAUAACGCGCAGGAUUGAGAUUCAAGGAACACCUUUGCUUGAAAUUUGCGGUCGUAUACCUGUGAUUGACUCCUUGGGGUUCGAAACGGAUCUGAGAUUGGCAACGAAUGGUGGUGGCAUGUGUCAAUUUUAUUUCUGCAGGAAAACGUGGCGCAAGGUUCCUGGUGAUGUUAUGGAUGAAGACACGCCAAUACCGAAACUGAAGCCAGCUCCUACGGCAAGUUUAAGUCGCGAUUUUGUUAUGAAAACCCGUCGCAGGAAAGGGCUGUCCUCAGAAGGAACGUCAUCAAAUGACGGUCCUUCGCUUUCCAAAUACAUCGAGCCAGAAUUGUUCGCGAAACUGAAAGAAAACAAUUUGAUUUGA